AUGAAUGGCCACAGCAGUCAGCAGAUGAGACGAGUCGCUCGUUCACACUUCCAGCGCUUUCACUGCUCGUCCUGCGCUUCUGCAGCAAGCGAAAGGCUGCGCGGUGGGAUGGCAGAGGAAAGACUCGACGUUUUUUUGUUUCCAGAGCUGAAGGAGGUGGAGAACAAGCUCGGGAGGAAAACCCCCGAGAGUCUUCUGAUUUGGAUGAGGGAUGCUGCGCACUGCGGAGGCGGCUGCAGCUCUGUGGUCGACAGGGGAGACCGCAGCGCUGCCCUCAGUGCCAGCUUCUCUGACAGAAUCAGCAGUUUAAAGCAAGAGAUGAGGCGGCUGCGUUCUGCCGACGUGAGCAUCCUGCGGCAGCUGCUGGCCGUGCACGAGGGCGUCGAGGCCAUGCGCUGGCUGACGGAGGAGCGGGGAGCCCUGGUCAGCCGAGGCAGCAGCUCCACGGGCAGCCUGAGCAGCCUGGUCACGGUGGAGGAGCGGGGACCCCCCGCGACCCCCUGCAGGGAAAGCCCGAGUCCAACCUGCCCUCAGGAUGUUACUGGGACAACUGGCGAGGAAGCGGCAGGUCAUCGAUCACCACACACUGAUAAUGAUGAUGAUGAUGCCGUGUACACAGAGUCUACAGAAGUGGGACCUCCCGGUCCUUCCCAGUCCAAGUUUGAAGUGGCAUCAUCUAACGCUGCCGAUGGUUUGACCGGUGCCGUUCUACAAAAGUGCCAACCCCAGGACUUGGACGCGGGCCCGUUACAGGACAUCGAAGCUGGUACUGGUACCAUCACAAGAGCUCUGCUCAGAUCCAGAAAGAAAAGAAGAGAAGUCAAAGGGGACACAAGUAGUUUUACCCUCACUCAAGCGUCGGGGGAGACGCAGGCAGAGCGCAGUCUCAAAGCCUCUCAGAACAACGUAAAGGAAGAGGAAGAAGAGGGUGCAUUGAAUAGAGAGACGGUUUUGCUGGGGUAUGAUGCUCAGUGGUGCUGGGUGGAGUCGGAGGAUGACGUGACGUUUUUGUGAUUUCAUGUGAGCACAACAAAAACAGUUACUGUAACUGCCAGUGAUGCAGUGGGAUUGAAAUUUGCACUUUGACCCUCAGUUUGUCUCGAUGGAACGAGAACAAUGCUCACAGCUGAACGCUGCUCACUCGCUAUGUGCAUUGUUCAGAAUGUGCUCUGUUUAAUAACGGGUAUUUUUUUCAUUAUCAGUGUGUAUUUCAUGAGCUCCAAAGCGACAAAAUCAUAAAAUAUGUGUAUGAUGUGAAAUUACAAAAUACCAUGUUAUUCUUUAAAGGAAAUGAUAGAAACCUCCGUUGCUGGCUGAAGAAUGUUAUACACCCUGGGGAUUUGAUUUUCAAUAUGACACAUACAUAACUUCUUUUUGUUUAUUGUGGGAAAGAAAAUACAAUCAUUGAUGACAGAAGUACAUUAGCUGAUUAUUUAGUAUGACUAUUUUCUCAUAUAUACUGUGUUCACAUCCGAGUUUACAUUGAGAUACAGGGAGGACUUUUCAAUAUGAUGCCAUUGUUCGUCUUGAAAGACUAAUAUAUCUUUUGGUAAUAAACAAGACACAUAUGUUUUCAUUGACGCUCUUGCUUUUUGCUUAACCCAAACAGAAGAAAAGUGUGAAUGUGGUGAAUGAAUGUAUGCAGGAGUGUUUCAAUUAACUUUGGGGGGCCACAGGCAAAAGGGACCUGGUUGGGGACCCUACAUCACAACAACCAUUAAAGUACAGUCUGCAGUCCCCUGUACAUAGCAAUA